AUCUAGACAAGUGAUCGCAAGAGAGGAGCAUUUCGACGAAAGAGUCCCACCAACAAAUUAUAAAGCGUCACGAGUACUGACUUACUUGGAAUGGAGAUUAAGAAGACAUUUACGUUGGUGAUGUGCAUGGCAUCACUGGUGCACGUAUGCUAUUCAGGUUUGUGCGAGUUAGCGGAAGACACAGUAGCAACACAAAGCAGUACCCUCGAGGAUGCAUCAGCAGAACGAGCCAUCGACGGAAAUGACGUCAACAUUUAUAAUAUGGGCAGCUGUACUCAAACUUCCGCCGAACACCAACCAUGGUGGAUGGUGGAUUUAGGCAGAUCGCAGAUAGUACACCAUGUUGUUGUAACCAAUCGUGGGGACUGUUGCGAGAAACGUCUCGAUGGCGCUGUUGUAACCGUUGGCGACACUGCCGAUCAUCUUGCCAAUCCGCAAUGUGGAAAUCAGGUAGACUUUGAGAAACAGAGCUAUGAUUCAAAAAUAAAAUUCCUCUGCGAUGAAAACCAGGUUGGAAGAUACGUCGGGGUUUACCUAAAGGACCGCCAUGGUCCACUCACUUUGUGUGAGGUUGAAGUAUACGGUGGCAAAAAAGUUGGAGGUUGCCUUUUAUGGACAAAUUGGAUGAAUAAUAAUGACAAAUCUGGAAAUGUGGACAACGAAACCAUCUCGGCGUCCUUAGCUACGUAUCCAGAUACAAUGUGUGAAAAUCCUACUGGGAUAGAAGCCAGAACGGUUGGAAGUCGCAUACCAGCUGAGUCUUCUAAUCAAGUAUUUGCUGAAUAUAACCUAGAAGAAGGUUUUCUGUGUCGUAGCGCAGAUCAAGCACAGGGCCAGAACUGCUUUGACUACGAAGUACGAUACUGCUGCGCAGGGGGUGGAAAUAACGCAGUAGUGAUUGCAGAGAAGGUUUCCCAUAGCGAGGCUGUCGGGAAGUGUGAAUCAAAGGGAAUGUCGAUGUACAAGGUUCAUGAUAAAACGAGUUUAGCCCACGCACUCUCCACUAUCAACCAAAGUGGUAUUGCCGCUAAUAAUUUCUGGAUUGAUGGGACAUUCGGAAAAAAUAGACGUAUUAACUUCAACGAAGGCACGCAUGCAUCUUUGGAGGACAUGAAACCAUUGUUCCAUAGGGGUGAACCAAAUGGAAGUGGUGAUUGCCUGCACUUCUGGUAUCGAUCUGGGUCAGGGUUGUCCUUAGACGAUGGUGACUGUGAUGUAAAUCAAUAUUAUUUGUGUAUGCACUAAACGAUGAUAAAACGACAUUUAUUCCCUGAAGUUGACUAUAAAGAUAUGGAAUUGCUAUAUGCAUAUUAAUCACUCUCAUUUCCAUUCAUGGAUAAAUCGGAAAACUCCCAAAGGGAAGUAGAAUCGCUUUAACAUAUCCUUCAUCCCGUACUGUGGUUAGGUAGUUGGUAAUAUGCUCGUGUAACAGUUAUUCGUAUUGAUGUUUAAAUAAAAUCGUAUUCAAUAUUCUUGCUUGCAAA